AUGGCAUCAGCAAUGGAUUUGAAUUCCUCUUCAAGAAAUCCGAAACGUGGUGGCUCCAAGCAUGCUGUCCACAGCACAAUUGCUUCCUCAGCGAUGCGUGUAUUCCAGCAUUGGAAUUCCAAUGAAACAAAUCGCAUAUUCGACAUAACGAAAGCAUUAGGACGUUUGAUGACCGUGUUAAAUGACGAGAAGCAGCGAUUAUCGGAUCCAAUUGAGUCACUCGUACUGAAUUUUGUUCGUCAAUACUGGGAUUAUGUGUUGGAAUUUGUUUGCCACGAAUGUGUGCACAUAUUCGGAACGCUCAUUUCGUUGCAUCGAAACAAGUGCCAUUAUCACAAAUUGCUGACUGAUAAGAUGGCUGAUAGCAAACAAGGCAACAAUAGUACUAAUGAGAAUAAUUCUGUGGACACGAGUAAUGCUUCCGCCAUUUUGGUUAAUACUGAUGAUAAGGGUAGUGAUAACUCGGGAUUGGUUAUCAGUGCUAUCAGUGGAGAGCGUCCGUGUGCGUGGAUUUUGAACAUAGCUGAAUGGUUAUUGGUGGAUUCAGCGAAAUGGCCACGAAGUCAUUUCAGAUGUCUCUUGGUUUUUAUGGAGCAGUAUCCAACGGUGAUAUGCCAACUUCCCGAUAAAUUUAUUUGCACACUUUAUGGACGAAUUGGAAAUCCAACUCUAACUCUAGCGGUUUGCUAUUGCUUUAUUAGCAUUUUAUCGUUCGAUUUGACUGUUUGUUCAAAAAUCAGUGAUUUGAUAGUGUACGAUCUAUUGAAAUGUUUGAGUAAGGAUUCAAAACGUUGCGAAUUGCAUUCAAAACUGUUGACGGAAGUGUUGUGUUCAUCAAGUGAGCAAGUUCGAAUGGCCUCUCGAGAACGUUUGAUACCGAUUAUGUUCAAAGAUAGUCAACUAACGAAAUGGAUUAUCACACGUUUUGCCGUUCAUUUGGCCGAAGAUAUCAGUGAUGAUCGACGAUUGGAUGCAGUGUUAUCGUUAUCCAAGUACUGCAUAUCGCAUCAGAAGUCAUUUUCGAACGCUUCGGAAUAUUGUAAAUGGAGCGAUUUCAUCGACGAAAAGCGUUUCGCUCAAGCUCUAUUGCAUUCGCAAUCAUUCAUACGUCUCUCAGCAUGGUCUCUGAUCAGUGAACAUCCGAAGUUAACGCUUCAAAUUCAAGAGCGAGAAGUCGACUUCAUAAAAGCAUUUCUGCUAACGAAUAUGGCUGAACAAUGUCCAUCGACAAGGCAAAAAAUUCUGGCUGGACUCAGGAAGGUGUUCAUCCGGCUUCGUGAAAUCUCUCAAUCGCUAAUGAAACAACAACAACAACAACGGAAAAUCUCAAAUGAACACGAUACUACGGACAGUCUCAGUCACACGCUGUUGCAAUGCUAUACGAAUUUUUUGAUUUGGUUGAAAGAUUUUUGUAUCGAAUGCCUGGAUUGCGGUGCAAAUUUUAGCCGUCGUAUAAUGGCUCUACACAUUCUCGAUUAUAUCUUCAAGCAGCCUUUCUUAAGAGAUCAAAACAAAGAUUUAUUCUUCAAUUCGAUCAAGAAACAGAUAUGUUUGAGUAAAGAGGAUCAUGCAAAACUGUUGAGCAUUCUGGACGAUUCGUAUCAGUUAUGUCAAACGCUUGCCAUUGAUUUGCUGGAUAUGAGUGAUUUUCUGGCCGAAACGAAGCACGUGAUGCUGUCAUCGGUUCGCUCGAACAAUUCGGAGUCGGCCAGCUAUCGUAUUCGAUAUUUCAUUUUCAAAAGCACGCGAUCAGAUGUUGACGCAUUAUUCAAGUAUCUGAUUGCGUUGUGUGCUCAACGAAUUCAGCUUAUCGGCGAUAAUCUGCUGAUGUUGACAAAUCAAAAUGGUUCUUUGCAUCCAAUCCUGAACGCAAUCGCCACCAUUGUUGAAUGUAUGCAAUGGGAUAAGUUGAGUGCCGAUGAAUCAAGAGAAUGGCGUCACAACAUUGCCGAACUUCUGUUGCCUCUAUGCGCUCGAGUUGGUGAUUUAGUAUCGCCUGUCGUACGGAGUAUGUCGCCUGAGGGCUACCUGCCUGAGAAUUUCAUCACCGAUAAAGAUAUGAGUUGUGUAUCUGAUUUGGUAUCGUUAGCAGAAACAAGUCAGUUGUUAUUAGUGGGUUGUUGGCGUGCACACAAGCACAUAUCAACUCUUUUACACUCGAUUGCCGAAAAGGUACCAUAUCCUGAAAUGAUAUCAACCGAGGUUGUGGGUCGAAUCGGUGAUUAUUAUUGGUUGCAUUUAACCGAAUGCAAACACUGUGGUGCAUUCGAGUUAGCCGUUCAAGGUUUUGAGGCGUUAUGCAAACGAUUGUGGAAGAUUCAAGAGAGGCGACGAGAUUGUUCGAACGAUAAGGACAAGGACUUACCGAAUCCUGAAAAGUGGUUAGACGAUAUCAUUGUGGCUAUUAAAGGUGGAGAUGAUAAAACCAAGUUGUGUUCUACGCGUCGUAGCGCUGGACUGCCUUUCAUGGUUUGUGCAAUCUUAGGAACUGAACCAAAAUCACGAGAUUCGAAAUGCUUGCGAAAAGCUUUAAGCAAACUGUUGGAGUUCGAUGACCUUACGCCAGAGUUACAGUAA